CCCAUUUUGUUUUUUGGGCAGAAAUGUAAAGGAUCUGAAGUAUAGAGGUCAAAAGUCAAAACAUAACCCUUUCGUUUCAAUUUCACUAUUUAGGGCAUAGAUUUCAUGGAGGAAACCGACAACAACAAAAGCUCCGGUGACACCAUGGAAACAAGUGUGCAACUAAAACAUCCAAAACGGAUCAAAACCCAACAACAAACAUCUGACUCGGCAGGAGGAGGUGAAGAUAGAAUAAGUUUGUUGCCAGAUUGUUUAAUUAUCGAAGAAAUCCUAUCUCGUUUAGACUACACAAAAGACGCAAUCAGAACAGGUACUCUUUCUAAACGUUGGCAACAUCUUUGGACAUUAGUCCCUAAUCUUACCUUCAUACAUCACAAUCAGCCCCCCUUAGAUUUCUAUUUGUCAGUUAACACAACCCUAACUCACCACCAGUUAAAUAAACUCAAUAAAUUUCAUCUCAGUGCCACUUACGAUAAUCGGUUUGAGUUUCAAGUCAACAAUUGGAUUCGAUAUAUUACCAACCAUGAAGUCCAAGACCUUUUCUUAAGUUUAUGGAAUAUGAAUGAUGAUGAAGAUGAGUUUGUAUUGAAAGACGGCUCGUUUUUCAACAAUUCCCAUUUUACCCAUCUCCAUUUAGGAGAAUGCGUAUACGAUCCAACCGGCCCCAUUUCUUGGGCUAACCUUACUAGUUUGUCUAUUUCAAAUGGGAAGUUAAGCCAUGAUUUGAUUGCAAAUAUAUUAUCCGGGAGUCCUCUAUUGGACACGUUGAGGUUGGAUUGUUGCUAUGGUUAUUCACGGCUCGAUAUUACUUCUAAGAGUGUUAAACACUUAGAGUUCUCUGGAUACACUGCUCAAGAAGAUGAAUAUGAUGAUCUUGACGAUAUUAUCGAAAUCAAUGCUCCUUAUAUUUCAUCGCUAACAAUCAUAGAUAGUUUGAUGUUAGCGAAGCUUUUGUUACUGGAGGUGUCUUCUUUAGUGAAAGUCAGUUUGAAUUAUACCAAGUGCGGGUAUUAUGAGAAGUCAUCUAAAGAAGAGGAAGAAGAGAUGCUUAAAAGGUUUAUACUACACCUUCGCCAUGCCAAAGAGGUUAAAAUUGGAAAAUUUUGUGUUAAGGCUCUCACUCGUUUGACAGCUAAAGGUUUCAUUUUUCCACCGAACUUGCAAAUUCUGGAUGCUGCUUCACCUUUAUACUCCGAUAGUGAUUCCAUGGAGCUAGUUGAUGGCUGUGAUAAUGACUCGUCUCAUAACGAGUCAUCUGAUAAUGACUCGUCUCAUAACGAGUCAUCUGAUAAUGGCUCAUCUGAUAGUGAUGCUUCUAAUAGUGACUCAGAUGAAAGCAGAGAUUCAGAGGAACUAGUUUUUGAUGAUGGUCCUGAAGCUGAUGAGGUUAAUUGACUGAUGGCACUUUGAAUCCCUUGUUAAACUACACUUUGAAUUCUUGUUACUCCCCACUGCAUAUAAUCUAGAAGAUUCCAAGUUAUGAUGUUUCA